GGAGCUGUAAAAAAAGAAGAAGGAAAAAAAGAGCGGGGCUGGGCUGGGAGCGCUGGAGCGCGGGGCUGCCGGGCACCGGCGGCGAUGGAAGAACUUACAGCGUUCGUCUCCAAGUCUUUUGACCAGAAAGUGAAGGAGAAGAAGGAGGCGAUCACCUACCGGGAGGUGCUGGAGAGCGGGCCGCUGCGCGGGGCCAAGGAGCCGCCCGGGGGCGCCGAGCCCGGCCGCGACGAGCUCAGCAGCCCAGCAGUCCGGGCGGCCGGCGGAGGCGGCGGCGGGGGAGGUGUAGGAGGCGGAGGCGCAGGAGGAGGAGGAGCGGGCGCGGGCGCUGGAGGAGGGCGCUCGCCGGGCCGGGAGCUGGACAUGGGCGCCGCCGAGAGGAGCCGAGAGCCGGGCAGCCCGAGGCUCACCGAGGUGUCUCCGGAGCUAAAGGAUCGCAAAGAGGAUGCGAAAGGGAUGGAGGACGAAGGCCAGACCAAAAUCAAACAGAGGCGAAGUCGGACCAAUUUCACUCUGGAGCAACUCAAUGAACUAGAGAGGCUUUUUGAUGAGACCCACUACCCGGAUGCCUUUAUGCGAGAGGAGCUGAGCCAGCGGCUGGGGCUGUCUGAGGCCCGAGUGCAGGUGUGGUUUCAAAAUCGAAGAGCUAAAUGUAGAAAACAAGAAAACCAACUCCAUAAAGGUGUCCUCAUAGGGGCUGCCAGCCAGUUUGAAGCUUGUAGAGUUGCACCCUAUGUCAAUGUAGGUGCUUUAAGGAUGCCAUUUCAGCAGGAUAGUCAUUGCAACGUGACGCCCUUGUCCUUUCAGGUUCAGGCGCAGCUGCAGCUGGACAGCGCCGUGGCGCACGCGCACCACCACCUGCACCCGCACCUGGCCGCGCACGCGCCCUACAUGAUGUUCCCGGCGCCGCCCUUCGGACUGCCGCUGGCCACGCUGGCCGCCGACUCAGCCUCCGCUGCCUCUGUCGUGGCUGCCGCCGCUGCAGCCAAAACCACCAGCAAGAACUCAAGCAUCGCGGAUCUCAGACUGAAAGCCAAAAAGCACGCUGCCGCCCUGGGCCUGUGAUGCAGCCCAUAUUCCCCAUGCUCCCUGCUUCUCCGCUGCCCCAACCCAGAUCGACCCUCCCCGCACCCCAGGCUGGGCCCCGAGGAUCCCACCCCGCGCAGGUCCGCCUGCGGGGCUCUUUGGGGGGAGCUCGGAGAGAGACUGGACAGGGCGCGCCUGGCUCUGAGGAGUGGGGCUCGUGGCAAAGCUGCAAUGGUGGACUUUUGCGUAGAGAGAAAAAUUCUGUUAAUAAAAAAAUCAACAACAACGAAAAGUAGACAAGAUAAAACAGUGAGAAAAAAGAGAAAGGGAACUUAUUUCGUAUUAAUAUUUGGCAAAAAAAAAAGAAAUCGGAGAAUCAAAGAGCAAAAUUAAUUAAAAAUGAAAGUAUUUUAUACUUUAAAAAUUAUGGGAAAAUAAUCUGAAGGAAUUUUGAGUGAAUGGGGGGGAGGGAGGGAACUAUCUAAAGUGUAUGGUGUUUUUUUUUUUUUUCUUUCCCUAAUGGGCUAAGAAGGCAAAACAGAAGGAAGAGGUAUAGUUAUUUAAAGAAUUAACGUGAAAAAGUGCGCAGCUGGGAAGUUCACAGGUUUUGAAACUGACCUUUUUCUGCGAAGUUCACUUUAAUACGAGACAUUUGAUAAGAGAGGCGGGCCUCCUUUUACGUUGAAUCAGAUGCUUUGAGUUAAAACCACCACGUAUGGAAGAGCAAGAGGGAAGACAGUUUAAACCAAGGAGAAAAAAGGAAGAGAAAGAAAAGAAAAAGAAAAUCAAUACCAAAACGGUGCCACAAUGAAUCCUCUGAGAAAUGACUGAGGCAAAACUGUCCAGGCUGCAGACACUGAACUCCGGUUUGCAUGUUACUUGUCCUCCAUUGAUGGUGUCUCCCCCUCCCAGCUUUACUCACACUGCACUCAAUCCAUUUCAUCUCCAGGACGGAAAAAACAAUACUAAGAGCAGAGCGUCUGGAAAUUGAUAUCUUUCUAACUACAUAUACUUUGCCCCCUAGUCUUUGAUGGGGGAGGCAAGAGAAAGAAAGAAAGAAAGAAAGAAAGAAAGAAAGAAAGAAAGAAAGAAAGAAAGAAAGAAAGAAAGAAAAAGAAAGAGCCAGACGGGGAAAAAUUAUACUGAUUGUCCCAAGAAGAUGGAGGUGGGCAGAAAGUGUGAGGAAAGGAAGAAAACAAGAUCAGAUGAAAUGAAUGAAGGUACAGCGCCUUGCACGUGACACACACACACACACACACACACACACACACACACACACACAGCCGGCGCUCCAUCGGUGUAUAGCUCCUCUGCUUCCCCUGUUCCUGUGUUGCUUCUUGCUGAUUCCCUGAAGUCCUGUUUGAGGACCCUGCUUUAUUUUCCCCUCUCUAUCCCAUCACGGCUCACUCACUUAAACCACCCAGCUAGAUACAGGCACUAGGUUUGUGUAAAAUAUGUUGAUACACACGAACAAAGUUUAUUUUGGCUAUAAUGUGUGAACUGAUGGUUGACUUUCAACAUUUGCAUUUUAUCUCUCAAAGGUGUAUAUUCAAGUAAUUUUUUGUUUCAAUUCAUGUAGCUAUUUAAACAGGGGUACCCUGCACUAAGCAAACUGUGUCCCUAUUUAGAAAGCCUCCUCAGUUUUGUUUUGUUUUGUUUGUUUCCUUCUAAUUUACAAGAAAGAGGAAAAGCUCUUUUAACUGAACUCUAGUGUGCAGUUGAGCUUUGUAACUAUUUGUUCUCCAUGAAAACAAAAUUAUUUAUAUUUGCCAUAUUUUUUCUAGUGUAUUAAGUUAUUUUAAACAAAAGAAGAUACUGUUAUUUCAUGAUGUGUUGUCGGUACAAAAUGUUUCGGUUUCACCUUUGUUAAACCUUUUAAAUAAGUGCCAAGUUAUUCAUUGAAGACACUUUGCCAUUAAUUGAAUGAAAAUAGUAUUGUUUCAUUUGAUGGGGUUCGCGUCAUCUUUGUUCCUGUGAUUAUUAAACUAUCCGGGAUAGUCCUUCCUUCUUA